AUGGCUUAUGAUCGAAAACGAUUCGAAUCAGUCUAUCCGGCUUUGGCCAGGGAUAUACUAUCUCACACAAAGACAUAUGGUACACCUGAUAAGCAGAUGGACCGGUUGGAGUUGAAUCUACAGCACAACACAGUCGGGGGAGAAUAUAUUGGCGGUAUGAUGGUGAUCAACACGUAUGCUCAUGCUCUGGGUCGAGGACUAUCCGAGAGCGAGUAUCACCAGGCAGCCAAGUUGGGCUGGGUUUUCGAGUUCAUCUAUGCAUCACAAAUAGUCAGCGAGGAUACGAAAAAAGGAAACGAAUAUCGCAAUGGCAAUCCAACUUGGCACAAGAUGCCCGGUAUUGCCUUGCUCUCGAUAAACGAUUCCAGCAUGCUCAAAUGCACAGGUUUUCUACUACUCAAGAAACAUUUUCAAAACAACCCUCAUUAUGUCGAGCUGGUUGACCUUUUGCACGAGAGCAGCGCACAAGCUGAAAUGGGCCGAAUGCUGGAUUGGACCAUUGCUCGUCGAGAGAAGGGCGACGAUUUUAACAUCUUCACUUCAACUAACUGCGAAACCAUCGCCACAUGCAUGACAGCAGACUUCGUCGUGCGUCUUCCCAUCCUUCUAGGUCUUUACCUUGCUGAUGCCAUGACGCCCGCAAACCUGAGUCAAACGCAGAAGGUCACGACACCUCUUGGCCAGUAUUAUCACUUUCAGAAUGAGUUUCUAUGCAGUUCAGAAUCGGAAAGAUCUGUCAAGCAAGUCGACUGGUAUAUUAAAGAAGGAAGAUGCACUUGGACAAUUACACAGGCUCUGCAAUGCGCAAACCCAUGUCAGAAAGAAACCCUAAAGGAUGGCUAUGGAUGCGAUAACCCAGCCAAGGUGAAGAACGUCCGGGAGAUAUUUGCAGAGCUGCAAGUCCAUCGCAUUUUCCAUGAAUAUGCGAGUGAUUUACUGGAGAAGAUUCGCAAGGAGAUGGCAGGGGUUGAUGAGUCGGAGGGCUUGAAGAGGGCUGUUUUUGAGGAUUUGAUGGAGGUAAUGGCAAAGGGAAGAUGA